UAACUUUGCAAUGUAUUUUUUGAUGACCUAGUUAUGUAACCCAAAUAUUUUUAGAACUCUUUUUGUGUUGGAAAUGCUUGGCCAUGACCCUGAAAUCUUUAUUGAUUUUAUUAGAAAUGUAAUUUAAAUAAUUUAUUGCAUCUUUUAAUCGACUUGAAAUUUGUGUGCAGUAUGAUUUUACGUUACGUAUGAAAGUAAAAAUUUAUUAAAUUUGAAUUAAAUUAUUAAUUUUUUAAUGCAGCUGUACUUAUACAUCAUGCCAUUGUAUUUUGACGUCUUUGAUCCACUUAAGUUCUCAAUUUUAUGCUGCAUAAUAUUAUUUAUUUGAAAAACUUUAGCUCUAUUAUAAGAAGAAUAAAAAAAUGCAUCUGCAAGUGAUCAGUUUUUUCAAUAAAAUACCUUUGGAAAAUAAAAUGUCUUGGCUGACAGACAAAAGGGUCGGUGAGAAAUCUGGUUCCGUCUCUGGUUACGCGAACAGACUGAACGCUAAAACUGGAGUAUAGCCAUUCAGUACAAAUUCUCGCUCCACUUGUCCACUUCAGGAUUAAAUUAAAUUAUAUUUACGCCAUUGCGCUGAGGGUAUUAUGGAGACGCAAAACGCUAUAAUUCUCAAUUUUAUAAAGAGUUACAAAACCUAUACACACCAUAGCCAAUAAUAUGCAUGACUGAUACAUGAUACAUAAUGCUUUUUUAUAAACAAAAAACAAAUUACGUUGGAUUUAAAACUUACGUACAUAGAAAUUAUGUAAAAUAUUUUGCUUUCGCUGAAGUUUUGUGUGGUCCUCUCAAUCUAACCCAAGUUCACGUGAGAAUUGCCUGAUCACUUGAUCAAAAUCACGCAAGUUGCAUGUGCCCGGAUGUGGGCGAAAUUUGAGAAAAUUGCAUACACGUAUGAGCGUAAAAAGGUGUUUUUUUUUCGGUGUGCGUAUCCUUAAAAUUAUAUAAUGAAUUUACUGUUUUUAAGCAAUUGCCAAGAGGUAUUACCUUAGGUUUCAAGAUAACUGCGGUUUCUUCUGAAUGAGACGGAGGCGUUCGAAGGACUGAUUGACCGUCUGGAGGCUGCCGACAGUGCCGACAAGGUCAACGGAGGUCAAAAUUUAGGCACAGGAAAAUUUUAUGCGCAUACCAUGUCAGUUGAGAGAAAAAAGUACGAUUGUCCCGCACUUCCCAAGGGUUGGCAAAGAGAAGAGGUGAUAAGAAAAUCGGGUCUUUCCGCUGGAAAAGUUGAUGUCUAUUAUUAUAGUCCAAGUGGGAAAAAAUUCAGAAGCAAGCCGCAAUUGGCACGAUACAUUGGGGAUGGACUAGAUCUGGCGACCUUUGACUUUCGUACUGGAAAAAUUAACACCAUGCUGAGCAGGAAAUCUAGCAAGAAACACAAGAGCGGAACGCCCUAUGACUUUAGCAGUGCUCCUUAUGAUCAAUCGGGCGGAGCACGCCGCGAGGCGUUGCAAACUCAAAACAGGGGAGUGAGAAGCGAUUCUUCCUUGGUUCCACCUAUCCGUCAGACAGCAUCUAUUUUCAAGCAGCCCGUCUCUUUGUACAAAAAUCAAGAGGGAAAAGUUAAGUCCGAUUUCAAGCAUGGACCACAGGAAAAACCAAAACAACUUUUUUGGGAAAAACGACUGGAAGGUCUGAAGGCGUGCGACAUCGACGGCAACGAAUUCAGCUCCAUGGAGUUGCCCCGAGGCUUAAAACCGGUUGGGCCCUACGUUGCUGAUGAGACGAUCCUGCAGUCUGUUGCCACUGCGCUUCAUGUCUCAGUGCAGCCAAUUACUGGUCAAAUCGGAUCCCGUUCUGCCCUGGAGAGAAAUCCAGGUGUUUUUCUGAACCCAGAGCAACCUUUGGUCCAGGCUGUAUCAGUUGCCGAGGACGACAUUAAGCGUCAAGAGGAACGAGUGCUUGGGGCCAGGAAGAAGUUGGAGGAGGCUCUUCGUGUAUAAAUGUUAAAAGUUUUGACUCUUUGAGCGGACUGGACUUCAGCACAUUGUUUGGUGGCGUUUGCAUUUUCACAUUUUCCUUUCUGCACUGGAAAAUUCAGACUGCAUUUGGACCUUCCCCAAAAAAAGUGCCCCUCUCCAUAAAUUUUUCCUGAAAGUGAAUAAUUAAUUUUAUAUUUCUCUGCGUGUGCAUUUUUAAAACUUUUCAUUCUGUUUUUAAAUGUCCAAGUAAGGCAAAAUUAAUUGUCAUUAAUUUACAUUAAGUGGUUUAGUAAAAUAAAAUGUUUCACAAGA